UCUCUCUCUUUUAUUUCUUUCUCUCUCUUCUCUCUCUCUUUAUGGGAGCUUCGCUUGUGUUCUCUCUCUCAUUAUUUAGCUGGGGCUAAGGUGAAGGGAAAUAAAAGCUCUUCUCCCACUCCUCCUCUUUGCUUUAAUUUGCGUGAGAGAACAUAGAUACAUAUAUAUAGAUAUAUAUAUAUAUUGUUGUUGUUGUAAGAAGCUCCUUAGGUAGGCUUGCAUGGGAUCGAUGGAGAUUUCUAAUGCACAUCAUCACCAGGCCAUGGGUAGUAGUACUCUUCCACUAGAAGAAGUUCUUGCUAGCUGCCCCAAACCACAGCAGCAAGAGAGGAAGGUGGUGAGGCCCCAACCAGAGCAAUCCCUAAAGUGCCCUAGAUGUGAGUCCACCAACACCAAGUUCUGCUACUACAACAACUACAGCCUCUCCCAGCCAAGAUACUUCUGCAAGGGCUGUAGAAGGUACUGGACCAAAGGAGGCUCCCUUAGAAAUGUCCCUGUAGGUGGAGGGUGCAGGAAGAACAAGAGAUCAUCUUCCAAUUCCUCAUCCAACUCCUCUUCCACCUCACCAUCUAACUCCUCCUCCUCCUCAAAGAGACCACAAGAUCAUCAUCAGACCCACCUGAUGAUCACCACCAGCUCUGUGAUCACUCCAUCACUCUCAACCCUCUUCCCCCCUCACCAGCUGUCUUAUGACCCCAGUGAUCUUAGUCUGGCCUUUGCAAGGCUCCACAAGCAGCCUGCAGCAGCACCAGGAGAGUUGGGGCUUGCCCAUCAUGAACAUGAUCCCAGCUUCCUGCUGCUCGCAAACCCUAACCCUAACCCUAACCCUAACCCUAACCCAAGUCCUGGCUGCAUGAUACCCCCUUACUCUGGGCCUGGUUUUCUUGACAUUUUGAGGGGUGGGUUUCUUGAUACCAUUACCCCUCACCCUCACCCUAAUGGUUUCAACAGCCUCUUCUAUGGGUGGGGUGGGAACAAUGGUAAUGGACUUCAAGAGGUGGAGGGAGUUGGUGGUGGUGAAAAAGAGGAGGUGGUGGUGCCCCUCAAUGGAGGAUUAAUGGGUGGUGGUGCAGCAGCAGCAGCAGCAGCAGCAGCAGCAACAGCAACAGCAACAGCAACAACAACAACAGCUACUACUGUGACAACUAGCCAAUUAGAACCUUGCAGAGCCUUGGAUCAUGGAGGGGAGAGCAAAAAUAUCUUGAUGGGUGGUCUCCAAUGGCAACUUGGUGGGGAUGGUAACUUGGCUGUGGACUCAGCUGGAAGAGACUUUUGGAAUGUUAAUGGAGUUGCUUCUUCCUCCUCUUCUACUUCCUGUACUUCUUGGCAUGGUAUCAUCAACAGCUCUUUGAUGUAGAGAGUGGAUAUAGGUAGAAUAUAUAGAUAUCUUUAUAUAUAUAUAUAUAUAUAUAUUUAUCAAGUAGUUAUAUAUCCUUGUAUGGUGGUGUUUGUGAUUUUUCUUUUCAAAGAGACCUCAGUUUCUAUUGCAUUUCAUCCUUUGUGUCA